AGAUCAGGACACGGAGGAUUUAAACAGUUUUACUGGAUUAUCUAGAUUCGGCUCGAUUGCUAGCAUCUGUGGGAGCGACACCAGCGCGACCAAUGCAAUUUAUUCGGACGCCAGCAGUUGUGUUGGCGUCGAUCAUUUCGAUUCUAAUGGCAGGAAAGGGUCUUGUGCAUCCAACCUCGAAACGCGGAACACCUGUUAUCACAGGAACCAGGGUACUCUUCCCCUACUUCCACUGUUUCACCCGGCGGAAGUCCACACUCUGGAUACAGCGAGGACCCUGGCCCUUCGGGUCUGCGAACGAGCGAGGUUUUGUUUGGUUACAAUCCUCUCCCACCUGAAACUAGCGCCAACACCUAUCUAGGUCCCAUGGAGCCCACCACAGCAAGCCGCAGGCUCAGUAUACACUCAGCGACGCCACUCCAUGGCAACUUGCAAGUAUCUAGCGCUCAAGCACAACUUU